AUGCGACUGGAUUUCCACUAUGAAUACAUCGGAUCUUACCGAGAGGCAAAUAUUUUUUACCAAGAAAUAGUUGACUCGAGAAUUCGUCUACUUGCUUUGGGAGAUAAGCUUCAAUUUCAAGUUAGCAGGUCAAGCCUAAAAAAGUUAACAGUUGUAUGCGCGGACGAUAAUUGCAAGUUGAUGUUACGUGCUUCGAGUGUCAAGCAGUCUGCCAUCUUCGUGAUCCGCAAAUUCAACAAUGUGCACACAUGUUCCAUAGAUUAUCAUCGUAAUGCACAUCGACGUACCACUAGUUCCGUAAUUGCCGAGCAGAUUAUGGAGAAAUUGGAUAAUCCUACCGCUAUUGUACGUGAUAUGGAACGUGAGUUUGGUGUGAAAAUUAGUUACCAUCAAGCACGUAGGAGGAAGAUCGUUGCUUUACAUAUGCUACAUGGUACACCAGCUUUCAGUGCAAGCAUUCGGGGUUACGUGUACUACCUGAGGUCAGUUAUUUGUGUUGACGGCAGUCACUUGAAAUGUCCAUACAAAGAUCUUAUAGGUGACUCGGACGAAUUGGUGUUUGUUUCCGAUAGGAAAAAUAGUAUUGAAAACGCCAUUGCCCAACUAUUUCCUCGGGCUCACCACGGGUGCUAUGUCUGGUAUAUGGAAACGAAUUUAAUCCAGAGGUACAACAACGCAAGUUCAAUAUUUCUAUUCAAAAGAGCCGCAAGAACUUACCGGACCAAAGAGUUUGAAAGACUUAUGGGACAUCUUCGUAGGAUAAGUGUAAGAAUGUACGAGUACUUGGAGCGAGCAGAUUUUCCAUUUUGGUCACGAGCACUAUUUGUUGGCCAACGGUACAAUAUUUUGACCAACAACAACAUAGAAUCUUUGAACUCGAUGUUGAGACAUGCCCGUUCGUUACCGAUCACGUGCUUCGUGGAACACAUUCGGCAUACUAUGCAUAAGUGGUUUUAUGAACGUCGAGCUAGUGCAAUCGCAUGCAGUACCGUACUGUCACCAAUGAUGGAGAAUGAGUUACGAACGACGUUCGAAGCAAGUACUAGGCUGCAAGCGCAUGGCUUGACAGAUAACUUAACACAAGUUGGAAUAUCCAACGACAUGGACAUCGUAGACUUCUCCGAAAACACUUGCACUUGUCGUGAGUUCUAA